AUGUGUUAUGGCACAAAUAUGCUAAAUGAAGUGCUUGUAAUUAGUUUUUUGGCAAUCUGCCCUUUGUUAAUUUCUGCCUAUGAGGCCCCUGAGGAUAAACAAGACAUCUUUGCAAGCAAGGCCUGUCCUGCAUUUCUUGUCUUUGAGAAUUUUGCCUUGCUAGUUGACAUGACAAUUGAACUGCCUUGUCACUGUAAGCCAGAGGAAGUUCACUCAGUGGUAUGGUACUAUCAAAAACAAAUUGGCUCCAUGAACACCAAGAUCCUGACAGACUUUGAAGGUACCAAAGUGCUGGAAUCUUCCAAAGUUGGCAGAGGAUCGGAUCUGCACAGGCGCUUUUCCAUCCGUUUGUUUAGCCUUCUCAUCUUCAGGGUUCAGAGAACUGACUCAGGGCACUAUAUAUGUGGCACAGCCUCUGGGGAAUUCUUCUAUGGCCACAAUGUUGAUGUCCAGCAGGUCCAUCAAGUUUUAUUUCCCUGGAACCUCAAUCAGAAUACACAAGCAGCAGAACCCAGCACUAUUAAAACCGAGCUGUUCCAGGUGUUCACCAGCUACAGAGCAUGGUCUAAUUGUGACCGCUGUGACAUCCAGGGGGAGCAGACCCGUGUGGGCCUUUGUUAUGUUAAAAGCAUCUACCUCCAUGUACGUUACCACCAUGAAUCGGACACAGUGGCUCCUUGUGGCUCCUCAGCUGUUCCCCAGAGCUUUGGACUUUCAAGCAGGAGUUUUGGAGCAAAGCUUGAGGUGAGGAACUGUCAUACUUCCUGCCCUCCAAAACCUAAAGUAACCCCAGAGAAACAAGCUCUGUUGAAGUUUCUUGAGUAUGAUAAUCGAGAUUCAGCAGAAGUUUCCAUCCACUUCCACAACCACCCUGUAGACUCUGAUCUGGUCUUGACCUGCCCUGGCGCCAAACCACAGUAUGCCGUGGCCUGGGAUAAAGGCUCAGUACCGCUUUAUCUCUCUCAAUAUAUGGAGGGACUGAAUAAGACUUCUCGUGUCUUCAUUGAUACAGGUCACCACCUACACUUCAGGCCAGUAUGGUUAGAGGAUAAAGGCUCAUAUUUCUGUUGGCUCCAAGGAAAGCUAGCAGCAGAGAUCAGACUGGGAGUAUAUCUGCGCUUGGGUCGCUUGCGCCAAAUCUAUGACCCAGAGUCUGCGUAUGCCCUUCAAGCAAUACUUGUUUGCUACAUUUGUAUUUCUGUUCUGUUUCUCCUCACUGUGUUAGCAAGAUUUGUUUGGCAGUUCAUCAAUGAAGAAAAGACUGCAGAUAUGAACAGAACUUAAAUUUGUUGUAGUUUAACCAAUGCAUGAUUACUGUUAAAUGCAAGAUGAAAAGGGAAUAAAUAUACU